AUGGAUAGAAGAAUCACCUCCACUAUUAAAGUUACUAAUGAUAGAGAAGAGUCUUGCUUGGAUGAGAGUGAUGUCUCUGCUGUCCUUAGCUACAUAAAGCAAAUGCUCAUGGAAGAGGACACUGAAGAGAAGUACAGUAUGUUCCAUGAUUCCUUAGCUCUCCAACAUACUGAGAGAUCAUUUUAUCAGGUUAUCGCUAACAACAACCCUUCUUCUUCCUCCUCCUCUUCCUCCACACACCAUUAUGUUCACAACAGUCCCAGUUCAAGUGUGGAGAGCCCUGAGCAAAGUGUCUCUGGUAGCUCCACUGAUAAUAGCUGUAGCAGUAACAGUACUGCCAUCUCUGCUGAGUAUCAGUGGAGAAGCGUUGACCAAAACACCCCCAUACUGCCAAACGCUUUUACCUUUCCGGAAAACUUUGUUUUCCACUCAAAUUCAACCCCCACCACACAAUCUUCCAUUAAUACUGGAUUUGGAUUCUUACACAAUUCCCUUCUUGAUUCUGCAUUUCAAGAACAUUUCAAGAGAGGUACAGAGCAAGGUACCAGGUUCCUUCCUAGACAUACUCCAUUCUUUGUUGACACGGACAGCACAACCUUUUUCCCUUCUUUCACAGAGGCUCCAACUGUGGUAAUUAAGACAGAAACAGAAGAAAAUGUUGAAGGGGAGAAUUUUCUGUCUGUGUCAAGAGGGAGGAGAAAUCGGGAUCGGGAAGAGUAUGAAGCAGAUGGUAGAAGCAGGAAGCAAUCAGCAGCAUACAUGGAUGAGAGUGAGCUAUCUGAAUUGCUUGAUAAAUUGGUGCUAGGCACUGGGUUAGGAAAAGGGGUACCUCCUGACACAUCCCCUUACCAAAACGAUGAAAUAUUAUUAACAAACAUGUUUGGUAGGGAGGUCAGGGAAAGUGAGGAGGAAGUUGUUGAUCUGAGGGCACUAUUGAUGCUUUGUGCACAAGCUGUUGCUUCUGAUAGUCAUUCAUUUGCAAAGCAACUGGUAAAGCAGAUUAAGCAGCAUUCUUCUCCAAUUGGGGAUGAUACUCAGAGGCUUGCACACUACUUUGGAAAUGCCCUUGAAGCACGCCUGGAUGGAACCGGUUACCAGGUUUAUAGUGUUCUAUCCUCCAAAAGAACCUCUGCCAAAGACAUGAUAAAAGCUUACCGUGUAUAUGUUUCAGUGUGCCCGUUUGAAAAGAUAGCAGUCAUGUUUACCAACAAUUUAAUUAAGAAUCUAACUGAGGAUGCAGAAACAAUUCACAUCAUAGACUUUGGUAUCCGUUAUGGUUUCAAGUGGCCUUUACUUAUCAGCCACCUAUCAAGACGUCCUGGUGGACCACCCAAGCUACGUAUCACGGGGAUAGAUCAGCCACAACCAGGUCUCAGGCCAGAGGAGAGGGUGCUGGAGACGGGUCGUAGACUUGAAAAAUAUUGCAAGCGUUUCAAUGUGCCAUUUGAGUUCAAUGCUAUUGCAAGAAGAUGGGAGACCAUCAGAGUUGAGGACCUCAAGAUAGAGAAAAACGAAUUUGUUGCUGUGAACUGCACGUUUCAGUUCCAGCAUCUACUUGACGAGUCCGUGGUGUUGAAUAAUCCCAGGGAUGCUGUUCUGAGGUUGAUUAAGAAGGCAAAUCCUGACAUAUUUGUGCAUGGCAUUGUCAACGGGUCCUACGAUGUGCCAUUCUUUAUGUCACGGUUCCGAGAGGCUCUCUUUCAUUACUCUGCACUGUUUGAUAUGCUUGACACCAACGUCGAUCGUGAAGAUCCCAUGAGGUUGAUGUUUGAGAAGGAGUUGUUCGGAAGGGAGAUCACGAACAUCAUUGCUUGUGAAGGUUGUGAGAGGGUUGAGAGGCCGGAAACAUACAAGCAAUGGCAGCUUCGAAACAUGAGAAUUGGCUUUCGGCCGCUUCCUAUGGAUCAACGUAUCGUUGACAAAUUAAAGGGUAGGUUGAGAGAUGAUGCGUACAACACCAAUUUCAUGCUUGAGGUGGAUGGUGAUUGGGUGCUACAAGGUUGGAAGGGUCGAAUUCUACAUGCUUCCUCUUGUUGGAUACCGGCAUAG